CCCCUCUAGCUUCCUCUCCUUGCCAUCCCCUGCGUCUUCUCCGCCAAAAUCUCAGCGCCUCCCUUUCGUUCUGGAUCAGAAAGAUUGUAGCUGUCCUUGCUGCUCAAUGAAAGCUUUUGUUUAUUAUGGAAUCGCGAUUUUUCAGGAGAUUGCUUUCUUCGAUGUUACUCGAACGGGAGAAAUCUUAAGUAGGUUGUCGGAAGAUACACAGAUCAUAAAGAAUGCCGCAACUACCAAUGUUUCUGAGGCCAUGAAGAACCUAGCAACAGCACUUAUGGGUCUCAGCUUCAUGUUUGCAACAUCUUGGAAGUUAACAUUGUUGGCUUUGGCUGUUGUGCCUGUAAUUUCUGUUGCUGUCUGUAAAUUUAGGCAUUUGCUGCGUGAACUAUCUCACAAAAUUCAAACUGCAGCUGCAGUAGCAUCUUCAAUUGCUGAGAAAGUCGUUGGACUCUUUUCUGGAGGCUUUAAUGCAGCGUCCACACUUUCUGUUAUCGUAGCAGUGGGAUCUUCUAUAUCUUCUAUAUCUUUUUUGUUAAUCACAACCUGUCUAAUAAGACUAAAUGGCUACCGGAAACCUGGUUUGAUUGCAUUGUUUGAUGUUGAUGUCACUCUUAUAGCCCCAAGGAAGGUAUUUGUUCUUCUUGAGCCAAUGGCAUUAGUAUUGUAUAGAUAAAAAUAUAUAUAUUAAUGGAACAAUUUGAUGUGGUCUGAGUCACAUUUAUUGUUUACAAGUAGUUUAAGGUUACUAAUUUUACUUGCGCCCUCAGCGCUAAGCUUAGAGGUAAAUUUGAUUUUGGUCCACUCUUCUAUUUUACUUGCGAUUAAAAUGGAAGCUUCACUUCUAAUUAAGAAGCUAUAGACUCUACACUAUGACAUAUUAUUAUAUCUUAAUUUAACAUUAUAAAUUUGUUUCUCUCUUAUUCUGAAUUAAUAUGAAUAUGAUAUGAUUCUUUCGGCUUGGUGUAUAUCUAGAAUAAAAAUGUAUAAAAGAAAAGUCGUGAUGCUUUUCUUUUCGCUGAAUGAAUGAUUUAUUGAAUUUAAUAUAUAAUAAGUACAAGCUAAUGUCACGGCCUUGGACACACUCCAACGCUACCGUGCCGGCACUCGGACUUACUCAACCUCUUGAGCUAAGACCAAGUCAGCCUAACCCUCAAUACUUAGCAAGAAAGCUAAGAACACAAGAGAACACAAGAGAAAGGAAGCUUUGGUGGAAAGAACACUUUAUUACUCAAGUAUUGGUUACAAAUGAUUCACACACCUUACACUAACUCUUACCUCCUAUUUAUAGCCAUCCACCUCCUCAAUGGAUGGUUAAGAUCAAAUCUAAUCAACGGUCCAGAUUAAUCCUCCAGAAUCUUCUUUACAAAUAUCUAUCCUACCACAACUUUCCAAUUGUUUCUAGAUUAUUCCAUACCACUCUUUAUACUUCUAUAUACAUCUACACUCUUCUAGAAUACUCUAUGAUCUUCUAGAGUCUUCUAGAACCUUCUAGGAUAUUCCAGGACCUUCUAGGACAUUUUAGAACGUUCCGGAACCAUCUAGAGUAUUCUCAAACACUCCAGAAAACUAUUCAAACACUGUUAAAUCUAACCUUCUAAAAUUUUCCGUGACACUAAGCUUGAAUAUAUAUGAUUUGAAGUGGCAUGAAAGUCACUCAAAGUAAUGAUAUUCUGAAAGGGUGCAGCUGUAUAAACAAGACCAAGUUGAAAAAGUAUAUUCAUAUCAUAUGCCAUAUAUAUUCAAUUUCACUCUCACUCAAUAUUAUUAGUUUAAUUUUGCCUCUACUAUAUAAAAUACAAUACAAAGGACAUGAGAGAAUGAAAAAAAAAACUACUUAAUGUACACCGUCAAUUUUUUUUUUUACUUUUUUCCUAUAAUUUUGACAUGAGUGAUAUUUCAUUAUUAUCUGAAUUUUAAUUGGAAGGUGACACAAUUUGCAAUACACAAAUGAAAGCUAUAAAAUUCAAGGUGUCUAUGGAAAGCAUUAUUUUUCUCUUAAUAAUUGUUUCUCUUUUUCUUUGAAAAGAUACCUCCAAAACCAAUGAGUGGAAUAAGUGGCUUGAUCUUAUUCUUCUUCUUCUCACUCCCAAUUGAAUGGUGCCUCUUCAAUUUUUCAACUUCAAGUGUAAGCG